UCCUCCUCCUCUUCUUCUUCUUCUUCUUCUUCUUCUUCUACCAAGGAGAGUAGGAACGAGGAGGAGGAGACGCAGUUGGCCGAAGAAGAAGAAGUAAGACAAAGAAAAGGUGAUGAAGGUGCUGCCGUUGCUGCUGCAGCUGCUGCUGCUGCUAUUGAUGGUGAUGGUGGUGCUGGUGACGAUGAUGGGUAUCACACGCCGACAUCUCCGGGACACAGAAUUCCAGAGACUCUCACAUGUCCACCGGCGCCCAAGAAGCCGUCUCCUCCCCCGUACUUUAGGUGGAGGAUGAGGAGAAGUGAAGCUCGAGGGCAAGGCGAUGCAGAGCGCGAGCGUGGAUUCGACGACUCCGGUGUGGAGAUGGAUGAAUUUGCCCCCAUGGCUAAGAAGCGUAGAGGAGAAGGUGGCGUCGGCAAGUGAUACCUUGUUACGUCCCUGAGACAAUAUACACUACCAAUCACUCUUAAUCCUCACUGUAUGC